AUGGAAAUGGAAAAAUUGUCCAAUAGCAUGGAAAGGGCAAUACACAAGUGGUCAUCACAGAUCACCUUCGUUGGUUCUAACAACAACGUCAACGUUCUUGAUCAGUCGCCAAUAUUUGACGAUCUUUUGAAUGGAAAAGCCCCAGAUGCUCCUUUCACAUAUUCCACAUUCGUGAAGGCAUUCCGCCACCCGGUUGAAGAACGAGACAAUUUUUUUAAGAGAAGACAAGAAGGAGCACGUAAGGAUGUGGAACGUGCUUUUGGAGUGCUGAAGGUGAAGUGGCAUAUAGUCGAACAUGCAGCACGACUAUUGGAUUUAGAAACUCUACGAUAUAUCAUGUAUGCAUGUAUCAUAAUGCAUAACAUGGUAGUAGAAGAUAAAGAGCGAAAUAUUGCACAUUAUAUCCCAACGGAGCCCAGACACGUUCAGUUUGAACCAGGAACAUCAAAUUAUUUGCAUCGCGUUGUUGACAUUCAUGAUACAAAUAAACACAAACAACUUCGAGAGAACUUGACAGAUUAUAUCUUCUAUGGUAACAAUAACGAUAACGAAUAA